GGUAUGGUCGUUUUUAUCUCCGUCUCCCAUUUGGAUCAUGAUUUCAUUCAUUCAUUUAUAUUUUGGUUACUUCUAGCACGCAAAGUUGUGUACGGAAUGGACCGAAAGGCGCAUUUCUGGACGUCAAGAUGAAUUACGUAUUCUCCAAGAUGAACGCGGGGCAGCCGUGCGAUUGAGGUUGGAGAAUAUGGGAUUUGCCAAGGGAUUCGUUGAUCUGGCGAUUUUCGGUGGAUUCCCAGGACUCCGACUGUCCAAACGCUUGACGGAUAAGGAAUGGGCCGCGAUGGAACAACAUGCUGUCGAAGCAGCUCGAAGGCACGAACAGUUGUGUCUGGACCGUUUCCUUCGUAAGGCAAAGGAAUCAAAGGAAUGCAUUAUCUCAAAGUAUCGGUCCUGGUAUGAAUGUCGUGAUCCGGGGAAUGAAUUUUGGCCACCUCCCUUUGAUAUAUGGACGAUUCCUGCAAUUGAGGAUUCUCUGGUUGAAGUCUUGAAAUCGAACUUGCACCAUCUUCAAGGUCUCCCCCAUUGGUCUAGCGUGCCUGACAUCAUAUUGGAUUCCUUAGUGCACCGCUUCGAGGACAUUGCCAAUAAUCACUCGAUGAGUUCCAAGAUGGGGCGACUGGAAUUGGUCCCUGAGGAGCUCAGGUUGCCAUCUGCUCGAGAAACGUUGGAGUUGGCUCGAACUCUUUUUGUGAGACUGUCAGAUUCUAGCAUCAUACGGUACCCCCGCCUCACCGAUCAAAGUGAUUGGUGCUGGAACGAGCUUGGAUCGACCGUCAUGAGCGAUAUCAUCAUCUUGGCUGGACACGAUCCUAAUACUAUGACUUUUGCACAACUCUUGGAAGAAGAUAUUUGGGUUGAGUGUCUCACCUGUGCUCAGGCUGAUCAAGAAGGGAAGGUCGUUCAAGCUGUGGAAGCGGUGAUGCACUGUCAUAUAGACCAUGGCGCUGAUGCAACUAACAAGCAGUCGGUGGAAUGGAGGAUUCUGGAAGGGCUGGAGCUCGUACUCACCAGAGUGUUGAACACACGGAUCAAAAAGUGGUGGAAGUGCCUGCUUUGUGGGUACGAGAGCGUUGACAACGAAAACUCCGUUCUUAGGCAUAUUUCAUGGCAGUAAGAUAUGGUUCGGAGUGGUGAUCGAGACCUUAUGCAUCUAAUUGUUGUUUUUUUUUUUUCCUACCCAGACAUCCAAAAGCACGCCCGGAUUUACAGUAUUGCUACAUAGGCUGGCAUCGUCAAACCCCGCGGAAACCUAUCCCUAACUCGGUGCAUUUUGAGUGGGAGGAAAUG